AUGGCAGGAAACCAGACGGAGCAGACCGAGACGCGCACAGCGUUCUUCUAUGGCACUCUGAUGGAACCCCAAGUGUUCUUCUCGGUGUGCUACGACAACAAAGACCCACCAGAGGAAAUCCGAAAGCGACAUACCUUCCAGCCUGCCGUGCUGCAUGGCUACUGCCGGCGCCGGGUCCGCGGUGCCGAUUACCCGGGCAUGGUAGAGGACCCCGAGCACACCGUCCGUGGUGCUGUGAUUAGCGGCGUCACGAAAGCCAAUCUGGAGCGGCUUGACUUCUUCGAGGGCGCUGCCUACGAUCGGCGCGUUGUUCGCCCGAAGCUCCUGACGAAGGUGGGCAACGAGAAGGGAGAUGGAAAUGAGGAGGGCGAGCAAAUCAUCACCGAGUCUUACAUCUUCCUGGACAAGGACUGGCUGGAGGACAAGGAGUGGGAUUUCGCUGAGUUUCGCCGCGACAAGCUUAAGAAGUGGACGCGGGCAGGCUACGUCUUCGAAGACUGUGAUCCCGACCAGCCUGCCAGUGUUAACGCAGCUGUCUGA